AUGUGCAGCGGACGUGGCGUGCCUAGGCGCCCCUUGCGUGCGCUCUCUGCGCGCGAGGUCGAGCAGCGCAGCGCGCGCGCGGGCAAGGCGCCAGCGAACGAGGCGCCUCUUCAGCACGUGUGUGCGGAGAUGCGCCGGCUGCAGCUUGCUGGGCACACGCCGCGCCGUGCGCCGCAACGUCCUGAUCGAGACGCGCACGCGCCUGCGUCGCGGCUAAAGCAGCGAGCGCCGCUGCCUCCGUUCACUGUGUACCAAGACGAUGGUGCGCACGGACCUGAGCCUGUGCCGUUUUGCAUCCACACACGCGCAAUGCGUGCCGCCGAGGCCGAGGCCGAGAAAGAAAAUCGUGCCGUCUAG